AUGAACUUCCUUCCUCUAGUUCAGGAGGUCUGGAACAAGGAAGGCAAUGGCAAUGCCAUGUGGAUUAUUCACCAAAAUCUUAAAGCUUUGUCCAAUGCCUUAAACAAAUGGUCAAGACAGCAAUAUGGAGAUAUCUUUCUGAAAGCCAAAGAAUAUGAACACAAGUUGAAACAAGCUGAGAUGGCCUGGGCUCAAACUAAUGAUGGCAAUGACAGACAGAACUUUCAUGAGCUUCAAGCUAAUUAUUUGAGAUAUAUGAAACUAGAAGAGUCCAUCCUAAAGCAAAAAACACAGCUUCAAUGGAGAAUGGGUUCAGGAGAUGCUACUGGUGAAGCAGCAUGCACAUAUUUUCAGAACAUCUUCACUGAAACAGGAGGUGCUAUCAGAGAAGACCUGUUAUCCUGUAUCUCAUCCUUAAUCACACUAGAGGACAAUGAGCUCCUUACUAAAGAUCCUACCUUGGUAGAACACAAAGAAGUGAUCUUCUCAAUGAGUCCACCAAGUGCUGUAGGACCUGAUGGAAUGAAUGGAAACCUCAGCAACUUCUUGAACAAGAUCAUAUCCAAAGUUAUUGGUUCUAGACUGGCUCAUAUCCUUCCCGCAAUAAUUUUUGCAAAUCAGUCUGGCUUUGUGAAAGGAAGAAGCAUAUCUGAAAACAUAAUGUUGGCACAGGAAAUUGUUCAAGGAAUUAAAAAACCUAACAUUGGCUCUAAUGUGGUCAUCAAGUUUGACACGGCCAAAGCUUAUGAUAGAGUUUCCUGGGGAUUUACAUGCAUAAUGCUGAGAAGGAUGGAUUUUAAUGGAUUCUUUCACUCUACUAGGGGAUUGAGACAAGGUGACCCAGUGGCCCCCUCUUUGUUUAUCAUUGGAGCUGAAUUACUAUCAAGAAUGCUCAACAACCUGUCCCAUGAUCAGUUUUCAAUGGUUUCUAUAUGGAGAACAGAGGUCCACAGAUCAAUCAUUUGA